UCUCUUUUGAUUUCGAGGUUGGUGGAGAGAAGGAAAAAGAAAACCAGAGACACAAACAAAAAUGAACGAUGUGCCGAACGAAGUGCUGAGUGCGAUUCUGGACUUUCUGCCUGCGCGCGACCGUCUGCAAGCAGCGCUCGUGUCACGACGAUGGCGCGACUUGGCUGAUGACAACCGGGCUUGGCGCAGGAUGUGCAUGCACAAGUGGAAUACCACAGAGCCAAUGUGCUGGCCAGUGUUUGAUCCGGACGGCGGCGACCCGACGCUGUGGAAGCGAUUGUACCACUUUGAGCGAGCCUUGCCACAACCAACCCUCUGUAUCGAACAACCUUGCUGCGCAUCCAGCGUGGACGACUACCUCCAUCAAGACAUUACAAACACUGUCACCGAAGGGUCAGCCUCGUUUUGGUCUAGCACAGGCUCCGACGACAUUGACUCGAGCGAGUGGCUGACGUACGACUUGUUCCACCCGCUGGUUGUGGUUCGGUCCAUCUCAAUCGAGGCGUACAAGGCCGACUGGCACUUUGGUCGGCCAGUGUAUGCCCCUCAACGCGUGAGAUUCUCGUUUGGAAUAUCUCGAGACUAUUUGCAUCAUGUUACGCAAGAGUAUCCCGUGGCACCCACGACCACUUCACAAGUCUUCCUGUUUGACUACCCAAUCUUGGCCAACUUUGUCAAAGUCGAGCUGCUCGGGCGGACAGUCAGGCAGCCGAGCGAUUCAUUGUACUAUACUGCAAUCCAGGUCGUUCGUGUGGGUGGCUCACCGAUAAACGAAGUAACUGACAAGUUCAUCGCAUUGGCUUUCAUCAACCACGCAAAGCGCAUUGCCAAUGCGUCGUCGAUUGCAUCGGACGAGAUCGUCAAGCUCUCAUUCGUCCAGGACGAGCAUGGCACCAUCUACCGUGACCAUGAUGAUGACACGGAUUCGUCCGAUUCCAUGGCCGAGGUGGCAUGGGAUUGCGACCGACCUGUGCGUGUUUGGCCUGCAGCCGCCAAUCCCGCACCAACUGCGGGACCUUCGCCAGCCCAGCCGCCCGCCUCGCGCUUGUUUCAAAAAGUCUUGGCAUCUUUCAGUCCGAGCGGCACAUACUCUUUUCUACAGAGCCAGCGAGCUCGCAAGCACACACAAUUCACGCACUCCGUGUGGGACCCGAGCGGGAUUUUCGCCAAUAUCGACCUGCUUGGUCUCCGCCCCGCCACGUUCUUGACAGUCAACCCUGCUCACGACAGCGACGAGGACGACGCCGACGAGUUUGACCGCUUUGGACUCGGCGAUAGUGACGACGAUGAUUCCGAGAGCUAUGAUUCCACCAUGACCGACGCCGAGCGUGAAGAGCGACGGACGACGCGGCGGGCGUUUGCCCAAUUUACCUUUGGUACACGCGGCGAAGAAGGGGGUGUGUUGCGGCGAAUGCUUGCGGCCGGGCUUAUGAACGACCUGACCCGUGAGACAGCGCGCUCCACUCGCGGGCCUCCCGAUCCAGCUGCAAUCCGGGCUCGAGCGCUUGCCAACAUUGGCGCACUCGUUCAAUUCUUGGAGUCGGCUCCACAGGAUGACCUCGAAGUGCCAGAGUUGAUACCGCCAACGGACGACGAGGAAGACGGCGCGCUGGAAUUCACGCCACGCUCAGACCGAGAUGCUCGGAAUGCGCUGUCAGACGACGCUUCGCUCGACUUGACGCAGUCCAGAGAUGACAAUUCACCAAUGUCCAGCUACCUGCCUCCUCCCGUCUUCCCCAGCCUUCCAAGACCGGUGUAUGGAUCUUUCGACGACGAUGGAGAUGACGCGGAUGACAGUGAUUUGCCAAGCAUUGGAAGAAUAAGAAUAUAGAGCGCGGCGAAAGCUUGGUUUGCCGAGUACUUGAAGAAUAAAUAUAGAGCACGGCGAAAG